AUGCUAAAAGGGAAGCACAUUCGUGUGUGCCAGGGCCACUCUCCCGUAACCUAGAGAGAUGGGGCAGUCUGUGCCGUGAGGACGGAGCUUGGAAGAAAGAAAACAAGGACAGGAAAACAAACGAGACAUAAGAGGACAUCUGGAGAAAGCGGAAGGCAGAAGACAGGGAGGGGAAAACAAACCCACAGCAGGUGGAAACAAGAUCUAGAGCAAACCGGUCUGGUCCACAGUUGUUUUUCUGGAAGAGAAGAAAGUACCGGAGGACUGCCUUUUUUUCCUUCAGUUAAUGAAAACUCUUAUCUUCAUCAUAAAAGAAAAGGCUAAGGGGAGAAAGAGAGAUACCUUUCGGAGGUUGAAAUCCAAUGGGAAAGAUGGAAAAAGGAGCCAGGCACCGAAACAACACUGAAAAGAACCACCCAGGUGGGAGCAAAUCGGAUACCACCCCGGAGUCUGGUUCUGGAGGGGGCGGAGUAGCCCUGAAGAAAGAGAUUGGAUUGGUCAGUGCUUGUGGUAUCAUUGUAGGGAACAUCAUUGGCUCUGGGAUCUUCGUCUCGCCAAAAGGUGUGCUGGAGAACGCCGGCUCUGUGGGCCUUGCUCUCAUUGUCUGGAUUGUGACUGGUCUCAUCACAGCUGUGGGAGCCCUGUGCUAUGCUGAGCUUGGUGUCACCAUCCCCAAAUCUGGAGGUGACUACUCCUACGUCAAGGACAUCUUUGGAGGACUGGCUGGGUUCCUGAGGCUUUGGAUUGCGGUGCUGGUGAUCUACCCCACCAACCAGGCUGUCAUCGCCCUCACCUUCUCCAACUAUGUGCUGCAGCCUCUCUUCCCCACCUGCUUCCCCCCAGAGUCUGGCCUUCGACUCCUGGCUGCCAUCUGCUUAUUGCUCCUCACAUGGGUCAACUGUUCCAGUGUUCGCUGGGCCACCCGGGUUCAAGACAUUUUCACAGCUGGGAAGCUCCUGGCCCUGGCCCUGAUCAUCAUCAUGGGAGUUGUACAGAUCUGCAAAGGAGAGUAUUUCUGGCUGGAGCCAAAGAACGCAUUUGAGAAUUUCCAAGAACCCAACAUCGGCCUCAUCGCGCUGGCUUUCCUUCAGGGCUCCUUUGCCUACGGAGGCUGGAACUUUCUUAAUUACGUGACUGAGGAACUUGUUGAUCCCUACAAGAACCUUCCCAGAGCCAUCUUCAUCUCCAUCCCACUGGUCACAUUUGUGUAUGUCUUUGCCAAUGUCGCUUAUGUCACUGCAAUGUCCCCUCAGGAGCUGCUGGCAUCAAACGCAGUCGCUGUGACUUUUGGAGAGAAGCUCCUAGGGGUCAUGGCCUGGAUCAUGCCCAUUUCUGUUGCCCUGUCCACAUUUGGAGGAGUAAAUGGGUCUCUCUUCACCUCUUCCCGGCUCUUCUUUGCUGGAGCCAGGGAAGGCCACCUUCCCAGUGUGUUGGCCAUGAUCCAUGUGAAGCGCUGCACUCCAAUCCCAGCCUUGCUCUUCACAUGCAUCUCAACUCUGCUGAUGCUGGUCACCAGCGAUAUGUACACACUCAUCAACUACGUGGGCUUCAUCAACUACCUCUUCUAUGGAGUCACAAUUGCUGGACAGAUAGUUCUUCGCUGGAAGAAGCCUGACAUCCCCCGCCCUAUCAAGAUCAACCUGCUGUUCCCCAUCAUCUACUUGUUGUUCUGGGCCUUCCUGCUGAUCUUUAGCCUGUUGUCGGAGCCUGUGGUGUGUGGCACUGGCCUGGCCAUCAUGCUGACAGGAGUGCCCGUCUAUUUCCUGGGUGUUUACUGGCAACACAAGCCCAAGUGUUUCAAUAACUUCAUUGAGCUGCUAACCCUGGUGAGCCAGAAGAUGUGUGUGGUUGUGUACCCCGAGGUGGAGGGGGGCUCAGGGACAGAGGAGCUAAAUGAGGACACAGAAGAACAGCGGCAGCCCAUCUACCAACCCACUGCCUGCAAGGACAAGGACUCGGAGCAGCCCCAGCCCUGAGGACCACCAUCCCCUCUCAACUGGCUUCUUCUUCCUACACCCCCUUUUUGCCCUCCUUCCCGGGCUAGGUCCCACCCCAACACACACACACACCCACACCCCUCUGCUUCUGUCAAGCAGGGGCAGGACCUGGGUGUGGGUGUAAAAAACUAUAAACAAAGACACUGACAUUUGUACCCAAAGAACCAGCUUCUUACCACCAGGGCCUAUGUCCAAAACCCUUGUGAGGGUUUGCUCCAAGCAGUGGGAGGAGAGUGGAGCUGCUGGGGGUAUCCUACAGGGCCUUCCUGUACCGCCCUGGGGGCUCAAACCCUCACUUGCCUCCUCAGGAGCCCAGUUCAGUACUGCCUUCCCUCCCCAUUCCUGAGCCCAAGGGAGGCCUCUGCUCAGAGAAUUGGAAGCAACAGUGAGUCUUUUGGGGAGGGACAGACUCAAGCAAAUCUGUCAUCUUUAAAGGUCAACUGGAGAGACCCAUAUCCCUCUCCCUUCACUAGGGACCCAAGAAAUCAGAGAGAUGCUUCCCUCUGUUCUCUCCUCUCCCCCUCCCCAUGUACCUCCCCCCACCCCAGCUUGGGCUCCCUGGCUAGAGCAAGGUUCCUGUUGGGACACCACCUUCCUACUGAGCUAAGGACCAAUGAGCAGGAGAACUGCCCCCUCCUCCUAACCCCAAGCCAGGCCUGUGGAAGAGAUUGGGAAAGGCUCAAAUUGCAGAAACCCAGCCCUGCCCCUGUCUCCUGCAUCCUGACCCCCAUUAGGUGCCAAAGCUUCCUGAAGCCAGAAAGUCUUGUUUUCAGUGUAGUGGACAUUUUUCUCCUGAUGGCAAAGCUGCUCAGCUCCUCUUCCCUCCCUACUCCCACGAGAAGAAGCAGUCACUCCAUUAUCCCUGCAGCCAUGCCCCCAACAUGCCCCCUGCUGGCACCCCCAUCAUGUCCUUUUCCUCCUCUCUGGCUUGGCUCUGGGACCAACCAAUGUGAAGGCUCCCCAAGCCCUUCAGGCCUGAAACCCAAGCCAAAUCAGCCUUAAGUCACCUCCCAUCCAAGAACUGGACCUAAAAAUACUCCCUGAUUUCUAACCCUCAGGACAGACCUGGUAUGAAAAGCCUUCCUGGAAUGGAGGGUGCUUUCCCACCCACCCCCCAGAAGUGCCCAUCCCAUAAGCUGGACGACUAUUUGGGGAGAGAGUGUCUUCUGAAGGCUAGUUCAUCCCUCCUCCCCCUACUCAGAUACCCCCCUUUUUUGGUCCCACCACUGCCUGUUUUUAGACAGCCUCCAAGACAGGAUGAAAGGGCAGUGGCAGAAGGUACCCAUUUUGGAGACACAUUCUCUAUGGUAUGUGGACUUCUGGCCAUCCUGUGGGCAGAGGCUGCCUUUCCCUGCACUCCAGAGGAAGGCCACCAUGUUUGCCCUUCCUGCCACACUUGCUGUGCUAAGGACUAGGAUCUUUUCAUCGCAAAGCAGGAUCCCCUCUUUCCUACCUCCCUGUACCAUCUGCUUAGACUAGAACACGUGGGGAGUGCUCCUGGCUUGCUUGGCUCCACCACCUCCCCACCUGGCCUGCCUGACCCCCCAUUGGUGAGCUGCCAGGUUUGGUUUGAGUUCUGGUCCCUUCCAAGUGGAGGGCAGGAUAGGGCUGGCCCCUCAAGGGUCAGGGAACCGUCCUCCUGUUCUCUGUUCUCAUUCCUCCAACCUCCAUCCCUCCUUCAAUUGUUGGGGUUGAUUUGUUUGUUUGUUUCAUAAAGUGAAUGCCUUACUUUUUUGGAUAAAUAUUUUUGAAGCUGGUAUUUCUAUUUCUUUUGGAUUUUUUAAUGUAAGGUUGUUUGGGGUGGGGGGAGGGCCUUAGUUAUACCUGAAUAAUAAUCUUCUGUCUUUGAGUUGGUUGAGGGUUAGAGUUUGGAUUGUGGAGGGUUUUUUGUUUUUGUUUUUUCUUUUGAUGUAAUAAAAUUUUAAAUGGAAA